CUUUUUGUUAAAACAGAUCCUACAGCUAAAAGGCUCUGUUUUACCACUUUCCUCCAAAUUCUCAAACCGACAAACCCUAACUCCUCUAAAAGGCUCGCACAACCCAGACGCCACUGCCCCGCUGCCCGCACGUAGAUCGGCGACCGCCUCACCGUUCCCGGCGCUCCGCACGCCAGAACCCAGAUCGGAGUCCAGGCCCUCCACCGUGUCACCGUGAGCUGUUGCGGAUUUGCGCCUUUGCGGCCUUGCGUUGCCCACUUUGCCGGUUUCCUUUAAGGCUUUAAUUAAGUCGAUUAGAAGGGGAUAAUCAGUGCUCGGUGCUCCACUGCUCCGUCAUCCACUCAUCCAUAUUUCGUGGCUCUGUAGAUCUGACCCAUUUUAACUGGGGCGAGUCAAGGCUUUUAAUGAGGCUCCAACCAUUAUUCUAAUUGUCAAUUGUCAAUAAGAAAAAAAAAAACCUGGAUGAACGUACCUCUCUCUCAGUUCUCCAUUGAAGCGCACUUGACGUUCUCCAUUGAAGCGCCUUCUAAUACUUGUAUUCCCCAUUGAAGCAGCUUCUGAGGUAUGAUCAUUAACUUGCAAAAGCACCAUAUUGUCACGACACACAUUGCCCGAAGAGCAACCUUUUGGCAGAGAUUACAUAAUGGUCCAGACACUAUAGAGGAGCUGAUUGACCGGCAUUUGGUGAAAGAGAAACCAUCAUAUGACGAUGAUGAAAAUGAGCUCUUAAAUCGGCAACGACUCACCAGCACUCGACGUGAGGCAUUGGGUCUGUACAGAGAUAUACUCCGUGCCACACGGUUCUUCAUGUGGCCUGACUCUCGAGGGGUGUUGUGGCGAGAUAUUCUUAGAGAAAAUGCUCGUAAAGAAUUUGAAGAGGCUCGAUUUGAGAAAGAUCCUGAAGUAAUAACUCGGUUGUUGAUUGGUGGAAGAGAUGCUGUUCAAGCUGCUCUCGACAAGCUUGCUGAGAAACAGAGAGAUCAAAUAGAGAAGGAUCAAAGUGGCAGAAGCUAACUAUGUUGAACUUUAAACCAUGUAUGUAUGGAAUAUGAAUCGUGAAUUUGUAUUGAGUUGUAUUAGCUGCCAUAAUGUAGAAUUGUGCAUACUGUUACCCAGCUGAAUUCUAUAUUAGUAAAUUUUUUCUCUUGAGAUGAGAACUACACAACUACACUUGCCCACCCAUAUUUCUCUGUACAAUUUCGUUUGUAUAAAAUCAUGUGAAAUUGGCUUUGGACAAGUUAGUGGGAAUGGAGGGACUUUUAUUAUCUCUCAAACCAAGGUCGGUAUCAAAAUAAUAUAGUGUAAGGUUUGAAAUUUUUAAGCU